GGGAAACAGUAUAUUUAAAGCCAAAGAUAUACUUAGUUCUUCCAGCAGAACAUGAUUUUAAAACUCCCAAUGAUCCAGAUUCUGAAGACUUUAAAAAGAAGUACAGUAUCCAAAAGGCAAAAGGUGUAAAGAAAUAUGUAGUCAAAAGGGAGCUUCGACAUGAUAAAUUUUUAGAAUGUUUUAGGAAUAAGAAACUAACUUGGCAUGACAUGUAUAGUUUUCGCAGUUAUGAUCAUCAAAUAUAUCUGGAAAGGGUGAAUAAAAUAGAUUUUUCUUUUGCUAUACAAAAAAUAGGUGAUUAUAAGGAAAUAGAACUUGUGCAAGUUAAAGUUAUAAAAAUAGCAUUGCGAAAGAGUAAAAAAUAUGAUAAUCUUGCGAAAAAUUAUGGGGACUAUUUAAAGAAACUGUGA